CCAUUUUUACUUCAGAGACCAUAGACAUAACUCGUUUGAACUUAACUUUUUAAUUGUCCGUCACCGACAAUACUGACGUUCAGCGUAACAAGUACAACUCAUAUUUUUAUUCCAACCGCGAUUACCUUGACCGUAACUUAAACACAAAAAAAAAACUGGUUCUUGCUCCAGUAAUUAUCCAUUUAAAUAUCCUUCAUUGCCAUUUGCAAAGUUAUAAUUUGUGUAAAGUGACGUUUGAAAGCGCGCGAAAAUCGCUGCACUCCCGCGCUCUUUCCUGACGGUUCUUUUUUUUAAUUUUCAACAAUGAAGGAAUUAACGGUGUCAACCAGCCAGUGCUUGGAGCAGAAUGGAAGUCGCAUCAUUGCGAAGAACGGAAAGAAAUCUGAUAAUGGUCAUGAGAACUGCACCUUCCACCAUGACUUGGAGCUGGACCACAGGCCGCCUACCAGAGAGGCUCUCUUGCCCGACAUGGCUAACUCAUACAGACUUCUACUCACAGGCCUGGGUGAGGAUCCAGAGAGACAGGGUCUGCUGAAGACGCCAGAGAGAGCAGCAAAGGCGAUGCUGUUCUUUACUAAAGGCUACGACCAGAGUUUGGAAGAGGUCCUAAACAAUGCGAUAUUCGACGAAGACACAGACGAGAUGGUGGUCGUGAAGGAUAUUGAAAUGUUCUCGAUGUGCGAACACCACUUGGUCCCAUUCUAUGGCAAGGUUUCUAUCGGUUACCUGCCUCAAGGCAAAAUACUUGGCCUCAGCAAGCUCGCAAGAAUUGUAGAGAUCUUCUCCCGGCGACUACAAGUGCAGGAGCGUCUCACAAAGCAGAUUGCCAUCGCUGUCACUCAGGCGGUCAGACCGGCGGGCGUCGCCGUCGUUAUUGAGGGAGUACACAUGUGUAUGGUGAUGCGCGGAGUUCAGAAGAUCAACAGUAAGACAGUUACAUCGACCAUGCUGGGCGUCUUCAGAGAUGACCCGAAGACCAGGGAGGAGUUCCUCAAUCUGGUACACUCCAAAUAAAACCGGCUGUAGAUUUCUUUUUUUAUUUUAAAUUAGUCAGAGAAAUGUUAUAAAA